CAGCUGGAUUGAGCCACAAUAUGUCUGCACGUCCCUGUCCUCUGUCAUCUCAGUCUCCACUCCUUCCUUCCUUCCUCAUCUGCGUCUUUUCCGUCGUCGUCUUGAAUCUGCUACAAACUGAGACACAGGCCAAAACAAAUGGAUUAACAGAGACAUCUUGUGAAAGCAUCUCUCUGUGAUAUCUGGUAGAAGAAGAUGCCCGUGUGCUCCUCGCUCGAGGAGUCCGUGCUGCUGCUGCUGUCUCUGUGUGGGGGAGUAGAGGGAGUGGAGGGCUUCAGCUACAUCCUGUGGCGUUUCCUGUGUUUGUAAACUAGAGACGGUCUGGUUGAGAAAACGUCGGCGGAGUGAAGCUGUGAAAAGGAAAGUUUUAAUGCUAGAUGAGUGAGGUGGGUGUGGCUUCCCACCAGCCCGACCAUCCUGACUGACGGAUCUCUGGAUGACCUUGUCCCCACCCCUGUCCCUGCGCUCACAUACACCACAGCAAUGUCACAUCUGCCCAGCAGCUCAGUCCGCGACCAUAUGAAAUGGGCGGGGCUGCUUGGCUGCGAGGCUGUCCUCUCCAGCAUGGCCCUGAUGCAGGCCAGCUCCAUGGCUGCUCCGCCCAAAAAAAUGAUGGCUCCACUUGGCCAUGGACCACCGCAGAGAGAGGCACCUGACCGUGCUCCCCAGAGCCAUAUGAUCCUCCCGUCUGGAAUGAGCUGUCCGCCCCUGGUUAGGACCCACUUCGGAAAUCUUAUCCGGAAGGAAGGUGAAUUCCAAGCUCCCCGCCUGCUGGAUGAGAAGGAGAUGAGGGCCAACGAGGACAUGCAGCAGAAAAAAAAGAACAGGAAAUCAGUAACGCCCUGCAAAGUGAGAGAACAAGAAGGAAGGGGAGGGAAGGGCACAGGUGGAGAUGAGAAUGGUCCAUCAUCCAAAGUGCAGAAAAACUUUAUUUGUGAUCACUGUUACGGAGCUUUUAGGAGUGGAUACCACCUGAAGAGACAUAUCCUCAUUCAUACAGGGGAGAAGCCGUAUGCUUGUGCCGUAUGUGACAUGAGGUUUAUUCAGCGUUACCACCUGGAGAGACACAGCCUCAUUCACACGGGGGUGAAGCCGUACGCUUGUUCCAUGUGUGACAUGAGGUUUUUCCAGCGUUACCACCUGGAGAGACACAGACUCACUCAUACGGGUAUUUCAAGGGUGAAGCCGUACGCUUGCUCCAUGUGUGACAUGAGGUUCUUCCAACGUUACCAUCUGGCAAGACACAGCCUCACUCAUACUGGGGUGAAGCCAUACGCUUGCUCCAUGUGUGACAUGAGGUUUUUCCAACGCUACCACUUGGCAAGACACAGCCUCACUCACACGGGUAGGGGGGUGAAGCCAUAUGCUUGCUCCAUGUGUGACAUGAGGUUUUUCCAGAGAUACCACCUGGCAAGACACACUCUCACCCAUACGGGGGUGAAGCCGUACGCUUGCUCCAUGUGUGACAUGAGGUUCUUCCAGCGUUACCAUUUGGCAAGACACAGCCUCACUCAUACUGGAGUGAAGCCGUACGCUUGUACCAUGUGUGACAUGCGGUUUAUACAACGUUACCAACUGGAGAGACACAGUCUUACUCAUACGGGGGUGAAGCCGUACGCUUGCACCAUGUGUGACAAGAGGUUUUUUCAGCGCUACCACCUGGCGAGACACAGCCUCACUCAUAUGGGUGUGAAACCUUAUGCUUGCACCAUGUGUGACAUGAAGUUUUUUCAGCGUUACCACCUGGCAAGACACAGCCUCACUCAUACGGGUGUGAAACCUUAUGCUUGCACCAUGUGUGACAAGAGGUUUUUUCAGCGCUACCACCUGGCGAGACACAGCCUCACUCAUAUGGGUGUGAAACCUUUUGCUUGUACCAUGUGUGACAUGAGGUUUGUUCAGCGUUACCACCUGGCGAGACACAGCCUCACUCAUACGGGUGUGAAACCUUAUGCUUGCACCAUGUGUGACAAGAGGUUUUUUCAGCGCUACCACCUGGCGAGACACAGCCUCACUCAUAUGGGUGUGAAACCUUUUGCUUGUACCAUGUGUGACAUGAGGUUUGUUCAGCGUUACCACCUGGCGAGACACAGCCUCACUCAUACGGGGGUGAAGCCGUAUGCUUGUUCCAUGUGUGACAUGAGGUUUAUUCAGCGUAACCACCUGGAGAGACACAGCCUCACUCAUACGGGAGAGAAGCCAUUUGCUUGUGACAUGUGUGAUAUGAGGUUUAUCCAGCGCUACCACCUUGAGAGACACAAGCGUGUCCAUAGUGGGGAGAAGCCUUACCAGUGUGAACGGUGCCAGCAGAACUUUUCAAGGACAGACCGGCUGUUGCGACAUCGGCGGUUGUGCCAGGGUCGCGGCGUAGCCAAAGUAGAGAACCAGCCAUGCUGCGAACCACGCCCAUACCCCCAAGAACCCCCACCCGCACCCCCAACCUGGAGUCCCCUGCACCCCCCUCCAGGACGACUGGCGGUCUGACAUUCCACCUUCCCGACAUCCACCACACCGCCAGAGACGGGACAAGCCACAGGGUUUCUUCUUCUUCUCAGCUCUGCGCUGAGUGACGCCACACUCUAGCACAGACUGAUCUUGCAGCUCCAGUCUUGGGAUUACUAAUGACAGAGGGACAUUUGUGUUUUUGUUUUUGUUGACUUUUUACUGUGUUUCCUUUUCUCCCCCAUUUUUUUAAAAGACGAGACUUUUCUGUGAUGAACAGUUGUCCUGUUUUGUACUUAAUCUAUUUGAUUUUUGCAAAAAAAGAAAAAAAGUUUUUAUUGUUGUUCAAAAUAUAUCUGCAUUUGGUGGUACUCGGGAAGGGCUGUGGGUAUUGUUUAUCCUGACGUGUUAGCAUCAAAAUGGGAUGAAGUGGUGAGGAAAAAGUAUUUGAGCUUCUUUCUAAUUUUUCCUCAUGUGGCCCAUUUUGACUCAAAAAGUUUGUCACUUAGGUCAGAAUUGAUAAAACUGAACUUUCCUUCCAGGUAAAGCAAGGAAACCCACUCUGUUGACAUCUCAUGUAGACCAGAUCUUGCUUGCCAAUGUCGCCAACAUAGUGCUAAGCAUUAAGACAUUUCACUGAAAGCAAGAUCUGGUCUAACUAUGAUUUGAACAAUAGGAUCCCUGAAUUUAUCAACAUAGGAGGUACAGUUUUAAUGCUAACUUUGUGUAAAUAAUUGAAAAUGUUUAUUAUUAUUUCACUAUGGGACUUAAGUGUUGAUUUCUUUUUUUUCUUUUUUGGUGCACAAAAUGGGCCAAAAACAAACUGAUCAUUAGAAAUUGGUUCAAAUACAGUCUGUUCCACCUUUUCAGUGAAAUCCUAAGGAAACCCUGAAUAACUUUGUGAGUGUUUAUUUAAAAAAGAAAAGAAAAAAAUAAGUAAUAUCGAACAGUGCUUCAUAACUGUAAACCAGGACUUCCAAGAAGUGGAUGAUUAGAGGGGCAGCCUGCAGUUGACUGGCUCUGUGUCAGACAUGAAGGGAUGGGUCACAGGAGUAUCACCUGUGUAUCUCAUGUUGUGUCGUGUGUGACGUUGCUGGUGACUCAGGAAAUGGCACAGGAUGGCAGCCUUGGCAAGUCGUCCUCCCACACUUACCGAGAGUCCUGCUAUUGUAAGUUCAGCUGUGUAUAUAUACAGUAAAUAGGCACAGAUGUCCAGUACGUAACAGAAAGGUGUCUCUCCCUGCUCUGUCCAUAGAUUCUGGUCUAAAAUAGCACAGGUUGGCCACUUGAAGUCCCAUUAUGUUGUUUGUACAGAUACUCUCAUCGUGAGAUCAGCGGGGGUAUACAAAAUCUUGUGGCCUUAGUGUGUUUUUUUUCUUCAUUUGCCUUUUUUCUCAACAAUUUAUUAUUGUGGAUCAGAUGUAUUUACUAAGACGAGACAGCCUUUCAUCAUCAUGGUGUGUUUUUUUUUUUGUUUUUUUUUAAUCCUAAAGCUGUCAUGGUUACAGAUUGUUGAUGGCUUCAGUGGCGCUAAAACAAAACUAAUGUGUUCUCCUGUCGAGAGAGGCUGUCUUUUGAUGAUGAUAAUGAAUAUUUUGGGUCAUUGUUACUGAUUACAGUGUAACACAGUAUGUAAUCCUGAAGGAGCCCCCGGGGAGUUUGACAGGGAGUCGUCGGUAGUGCUAAAUUGUUUCCCCACUGCAGUGCUUUGGCUGGUCGCACACCAUAGCAGAAUCAGCACUUGCUUGACUCUACUACACACUAACAAUUGCCUUUUUUAUCCAAAUAUUAUGUGGUUGGUGUGUAAUAAUGGAUGUCUGUCAUGUCAUUGGGUUUAGCCUUAAGUAAGUGCUGAUACACAAAUAAUCAUUGUAGUACUAAAUGAUAUUGUAACAAACCAUUUUGUUUUUACCUAUGAUGAACUUUGAUCGUACUGUGUGGAAAGUCUUUGACGGUCGGUCAGUCAGCAGAGAGCCGGAUGAUCAGGGCCACUUUGCUGCCUGUUGAAAAAAAGUUUCUCAAACUUGAUCCUUUCUGUGACUGGUGAGCUAUAGUGGUUGCGUUGUCGUAGCUGUUCUGUUUAAGCCAGAAAUGUCAGCAAUUUGGUGGUAGGAUUAGUCUGCUGGCUGAACAUACAUGUACAUAUCGAGACAUCACAACUGUUCUUUGAUGGCCAGAGCAAGAAACCAUCAUGGUUGAUUUCAAGGGACAAGAGGACUUUUUUAAAAUUCACAUUAUUUAAAGGUCCAGAUAAGAUUCAGUGAAUGUGGAGAUGGAAUCUCAGAGCGCAUUAUCUGAUUUCUGAUUUCGAGGAUGAACAGAUGUUUGUGUGCGAUACAAAUGAGAUGCAGAUUACUGAGUUAAGUGAUAUUUUACCAAAAGUAUUAUUGGGAAGAUUUCUCUUAAAUGGUCCAUUGAUAUCAAGGCAAAGUUGUGCAACGGUUUAAGUGUGUAGAGAUGGGUUUCAGUGUUUUGAUCAGAUUAAGGCAAACCCAGUGGCAGCAAAGGAGCCAAGUUUGAGAAAUGCGUUCUUUAGCUCUGGAAACACUAUUCCAAAUCUGUGGAAGGGAUACUGCUGGUGCGAGCACAUACUAAAAAGGCUAAAGGGCAAUACAGUAUAUAGUUGACAUCACUUGUUAAUACCUUUUUGUCUUUUAUUGUUUUUAGUAUUAUCAAUCUCAUUGUUAAAAUGCAAUAGAAUCCUUGAGUCUCAGAUCAUUUGUUUAUAAGUUUGAGGUUUAAUUUUUCAGACGGAUCCGAGGGUUUAUUUGUCUGAGAGUUUCACAUCACAUUUUGAUGAUUGUUUCAAGGACCUUUUUUUAUUCUGAUGAAAUUGUAAACACUGGAGUGAAAAGGAAAAAAAGACAAAAGAUAUUUUUUUCCCAUCAGACUGUGCUAGAUUUUAGGUUUUAGACAAAGCCUAUUUCUCCUCAACUUGACACAGAAGGUGGACAGAACAUUUGGAUCAGUACAGUUGAGAGCCCAGUAUGUUUGGUAAUUUUGACAUUAGAGACAGUAGUACCGCAAGAAAAUGUUUUCUUUCUUUAUACGAAGUCCCUGGUAUUUGUAGUAAAUUAUAUUGAUAAUGGUAUUAGAUGAACAACAGCAUAACAGUAGCUAUCACAGAUUAGUUGUUUUCUUUUAUUAGUCUUGCAUGCAGAGUUAUGGUCCUCAGUUAAGAUAGGAUCUUGAUAUUGAUUAUUUUGUGUAGGAAAAUGAGUGCAUAAGAAUAACUUCCUAAAAAAAUAUGUUACAAUGAUUAUUGUAAAAUGGGCUAACUAAUAUGUACCCUUGUGAUCCAAUUAGUUUCAACUAUAUGAAAAUCAGAGGAGAGGCUUCUUACUAUUAUGCUGAAAUAAAAGAAUUUGUAAAGGA